AUGCACACCUCCUAUCUUUCACUGGCGGUUUUCGCCAUUAGUGCUGCUGCCGCCCCGUCUUUCCCUCGUCCCAACGGCGAUCCCUUUGAGGGAAGCUUCCCCUUCUUCCCUUCCGGAAGCUCCAGUGUUACAGAUGAUGAUGAUGGUCUCUCUAACCCCGUGCCUGCAUAUAUGGCCGCGAUGCAAGCUGUUGAAUCCGCACAGGCUGGCUCCUACAACACCCCUCAGGCCAGCCCAAGCCUUGAUGUUAUGGCUAAGCCCCAGAAGCAGAACUAUGUUCCUAUGGUCUCGCAACCGGUGCCUGCUCCGGCUCCAGCUCCAUCUCAGGCUCCAGCCCCGAAGCCUGCGCCAGUCCCGGCUCCGGCUCCAGUUCCUGCUGCUAUGGCUGACCCUAUUCCUGAGAUCCCAGAGCCUGCAGUUCCCUCUUCUGCCUCGCACAUUGUGGCACAUGUCGCACCGUCAUCGAUGGUACCCGAGGUUCCUGCCUCGUCUGAGGUUCCUAUGAUGAUCGAAGCCACUCCGUCGUCAAUGGCUAAGCCUUCAUCCAUGGCUCCUAUGAUGGUUCAGGCUACUCCGUCUUCUAUGGCUACUCCAUCCAUGGCCCCGAAGAUGUCCGAGUCGUCUCCGUCUUUCAUGGCUCCUGUGACAAUUACUCCUGAGCCAGCCACACCCGUCGUGUCGACUCCAUUUGCUGUGCCAUCGAGUGCCUCUCCUCAUUCCGAGCGCCCCACCAAACCAUCGGCCGCUACUACCUUGAGCACGAUGGCUGCUGUUCCCAAGCCUCACUCGCACGCUGCCAACAUUCACCAGCAGCACAUGGCCUCCAUGUCUGCCAGCAUGUCGCACGCUGCCGCCAGCUCUGCCACACCAUCUCCAAGUGCUACUCCCAAGGCUGAUCCCCUUAGUGAUCUGCUCGGCUCCGUGCCCAUCGUGGGACCCCUUGUCGGCGGUAUCCUCUAA